CACACUUUUCAAACACUCUUACACGCACUCUCACACACUUUCACUUAGCCACUCCAUAAUCUUAUUUGACGGCGGACGCAUCAACACCCUUGCAGCAUGGCAACUUUGAAUUUCUCUGUUACACUUUUAAAACGUUCAGUGACCAACUUGGUCCAGAGGGCCAAUCUGUAUUCUAAACCUGCCAAACACCACAUUUCAGCUGGGGAGCAGGCCAUAGCUAUGACCGUCAUGGUGGUCACCAUCCUUGGUCCCUCUGGCUGGAUCCUGGCUCACCUGGAGGACUACAAGAAGAAAGACUAGAGCCCAGAGGGGGUGGAAGGCCGGAUGGGAGGGAGGGAGGGACCAAGCAGAACACCCAGAGGGGAAACCAGCGCUAGUUGCAGCCCUAGCAUCCAGGCUUGUCCUUCCUGCCUGUGUAUCUGAAGGAAGAAGAUUGAAGUGGACCUCUGGUGGUUACCCUUUAUCAUGCCACACUCUGUGUCAGCCUAUUAACGAUCAUGUAAUAAAUACCUUUGCUCUG